AUGGCGCACUCGUCUGGCUCGGCCCCUCGGAAGCCCGUGACCUCCGCACAGGGGUCACACGCGGCCCCUCCCACAGUGGUGCGCAAGCAGCAGCAGCAGCAUCUGCGGAGUCGCCGUAGCGACCGCUCAACCUCGCCCAUGGGUCGCGUCAUCGUCAUCCACUCUCCAGAGGAGGGCGGUGCGGAGAGCGAGGACAUCCACACGGUGACGGUGGACAAGAGCACGGACGGGCGGCUGGGCUUCAGCGUGAGGGGCGGCUCUGAGCACGGCCUCAGCAUCUUCGUCAGCAAGGUGGAGGACAACAGCUCUGCAGCAAACGCAGGUCUGCGUGUGGGGGAUAAGCUGGUGGAGGUGAAUGGCGUGAGCCUGGAAAACAUCACCAUGAGCAGUGCCGUGAAGGUUCUCACGGGGAACCAGCGGCUCCGUAUGGUGGUCCGGCGCGUGGGGAAGGUGCCCGGGAUCCGUUACUCCAAGGAGAAGACCACCUGGGUGGAUCUGAUCCACCGGCGGAUGGUGGUGGAGGAGGGUGGAUCGACGCCGUCGGAGUCGAGUGGGGACAGCGCCCUCCGCAGGAUCGUGCACAUCUUCACCACCUCCGACGACAGCUGCCUCGGAUUCAACAUCCGCGGGGGCAACGAGUUCGGCCUCGGCAUCUACAUCUCAAAACUGGACCCCGGUGGUUUGGCGGAGCAGAAUGGCAUCAAGAUGGGCGACCAGAUCCUGGCAGCCAACGGCGUCAGCUUCCUGGACAUCAGCCACAGCCAGGCGGUGGAGGUGCUCAAGAGCCACACACACGUCAUGCUCACCAUCAAGGAAGCUGGGAGAUUUCCGGCCUAUAAGGAGAUGGUGGCAGAGUACAGUUGGCUCAAUCAAUCUCGCCAGUCGUCCUCCCAGGGUUCGGACUCCAUGUCCACGGCCUCCUCACUCUCCUCCGGCACCCCCCUCAGCUCCCUCAGUGGUCUCUCCCAGAUGCUGCUAGCUUCAGCCGGGGAGAGAGUGGAAGCCUCCAUGCAGACGGAGGUGGCGGGGGGGUCCAGUGUGCGCAGCCGGGGUCCCCUGGAGCUGCUGCAGGACACGCUGAUCGGAAGCGGAGGCAGCAGCAGGUCUGGGAGCAGGAGCGCGGGCGAGUCCAGGAAGAACUCUCUCCUGAUGGCGCUCAGCCGGCCCAGUCCACCAAUCAGACGCACGCAGAGUCACAUGACCGAGACUCAGAGGAAGCAGAAGAAGCAGCAGGAGAAGGAGCGAGCGGCGGAGGAGAGCCCUACAGCCCUGCAGCGCUCCAAGACCUUCGUCAACUCGCUGUUCCGCGGCGUGCGCCGCAGAGACACCUCCAGGGGGCGCUCCAAGUCCCCCGCAGGUAAAGAGAAGGCUGGGCGUCGUGUCCCUGACGCUGAUGCCCUGGCUGCGUUGGCAUCGGUGGAAGACAUGUCCUGGAGACUGCUGGGAGAGGAUGAAGUGGCUGCCAUCAUGACACUCUGUGGAAGAUAUCUGACCGAUGGUAUUGUGGAGAAUCUAGUGCGCCAUCUGCUGGCCAUCCUUGACCGGCCGGAGAAGCUGCUCUUGCUGCGGGAGGUCAGACUACUGAUCCCCGUGGCCGAACUGGAGCUGUUCAACAGUCUGGUGAAGCCCUUUGAGCAGGAGGCCUACGACAUCCUCAAGUGCCGCUCAACGCGCUCCCCUCCUCUGCGUUCUCCGCAGUGUGGCCGGACUCCACGGCGCCAGCUCAUCACACCUGUUCCAGAUUUUCAUGGUGGAUUUGAGCUGCAACGGGCGGAGGAUGUGGAGCGAGAGAACCAGCUGAUGGAGGAGCUCCACCGUCUAAAGCUCUCCCGGGCCCAGGAGUCGCCGGAUCUCCCCCACACCACCAGAGCCUUCACCCCCCUCCUGGACGUCCCCGUGGACUUCUACUACGCCUCGGCCCCCACUGUCCGCAGCCGAGCCGACCCCCCGCUCCCCAACUGGCUGCUGGCCGAGAGCGCCAACACCACCUACCCCCGCCUGCUGGAGAAUGGCUCGGUCCAGUCCAUCCACGGUGAUGGGGAGAAGGGUCAUACGAACAUCGAGAGGGGGAGGAUGCCGUUCAGGACUGGGGGAAAGGACAGGAUCAAAGAGGAGAGCGAGAGAGAGGAGGAGGAGGAAGAGGAGGAAGAGCUAGUGUUUACGGUGGGUAAUGCACCCAAGUACAGAAGGCCACUGCUGUCGGAGGUGUUCAAGGUUCAGGAGAGCUCUGACUCAGACUCGAUGGCGCCCCCUGUGGUCUCGGUGAGAGAGAGGCAGCUAAACGGGCAGCAACAGAACAGAGCAGCGGCGUGUGAACUGGACCACGAGUUCCACACGGUGUGCAUCUCCAAGACCAAGCAGUCUUUAGGGAUCAGUAUUUCUGGAGGAGUGGAGUCCAAAGUGCAGCCGGUGGUGAAGAUCGAGAAGAUUUUCCCAGGAGGAGCAGCCUCCACCAGUGAAUUCCUCAAGGCGGGCUAUGAGCUGGUGUCGGUGGACGGCGUGUCCCUGGCCGGGGUGACCCAUCAGCGGGCAGUGGACAUCAUCCGGCAGGCCUUCAGCCACAAGGCCAAGGACCCCAUGGAGCUCGUGGUCAAAGUCCCCAAGGGCCGCUGAGCAGCAGCCUUGGACAGGCGUCAUACUGUACACACACCACCCACCUGGACCAGCAGGCUGACGGGCCAGACCAGAACAGACCACAGACCGCAGGAGACUCUGGCAGGACGACGUUAAUGGAGGAAAGCCCCACAGAGAAACCAUACCAAUGGCUGACUAGCAAAUGUCAGGGUUGGCGCUCUAGAAACAGAGAGAGAGAGAUUUGGGGAAACCGAGAUGAGAGUUUUCGUAUGUAUCUCGAAGUCAGUGAAUAUGGAUCUGAAGACGGCUGCAGCUCCUUUGUUGCCUAUGUUAUGUAUGGUGAGGAUGGUGCAGCUGUGUGGGACUGCAGCACACACUGAGCUUUAAGUGUUCGGUGACCAAGGGCUACUGAA